AGUGUCCAUACCUGUCUCUUAUGGUACUUUGGACCUAAGAUUUAGAGUUGACAUGAUCAUCACCACUGACGUAUCGACAUAUCAGCUGAGACGCUUAGUUUACUUCCUCCCCUGCCCCCUUUACUGUUGGUCUGCAAGAUUACAAGGACACUUUGGAAAUAAACUAUAUCGGAAAGGCGAAAGGGACGAAAGGACAUCAUAACCGUUGUUCCGGAGAAGGGACUUGACUACUUACGUCUGGAAGUGAAGAUUAGACGAACUGUUUAGUUGCCGUUAAGAACUAAGGACAGUUAAAUUGUCUUACAUGACAUAUACUCUCCUUUCGGUGUCUGUUACUUUUUGGUGUCACGCGAAGGAGACAGUUUACUUCAGAGAAAACCUUCUUUGAUUCAAGAUGCCUUUUUUCGAUCUGAAAACAAAUGUUAAGGAUGUUCCAGCCGAGUUUCAUAAGGAGACCACAGACCUUAUCGCAAAUCUUCUUGGAAAACCAAAUUCUGUGGUUGGAGUGAAUGUUGAUGCUGGUGCAAGAUAUACAUUUGGAGGGACUGAAGAUCCAGCUGGAGUUGUUAAUAUCUAUUCUGCAGGAAGUCUAGCAGCUGAUAAAAACAAUUCCUCUGCUAAAGUAAUUUCUGAACACCUUCAGAAACAUUUCAACAUCCCAAGUGGCAGGCUUCUCAUCUUUUUCCAUGAUAUGCCAAGAACCCAUGUAGGUUUUAAUGGAAAAACCUUGGCAAGCUAAAAUCAUUCGUCUCUUAUAAACUGAUGAAAGAAAUAAUAGGUCUUGUACUUGUAAUUUUAGUAAACAUCAUAGUAGACUACAAGCAGUCUCUCCUUUUUAGGUGAAGUCUGUUGUGUGACUAAAAACAAAUCAGUUAAAAGAGAUUGAUGUUAGAGCACCGUGCGAAACUCUGGAAGUCUGGUGCAUGAAAAGUAGGGACUACACACUGAGCCUGAGAUCUCCACCAACUUUUUCAUGUGCCUCACUCCCUAUGUUCUGCAUAACAUGCUACACGACAUUUUUUCACUGAGUUUUUUUUUAAUUGCACAACAGACUUUGCUGGAAAGCAAGGACUACUUGUACCUGAACAUCAAAGGAGGAAACAGACAAAAUAAAAGGCAACAAAAACA